CUCGCACACACCCACCAUCGCCCAAGGUCACUGUCGCAUCACUGAUAUUUUCUGGUUUCGCUUUUUGCUCGAUUUGUUAUCCUCACACUCAUGUUAAUUCCAAACAGAUCUGGAGUCCGUAAAGUACGGUUCCUAUAUUGCAAGUGCCUUAUCGGUGUUUCUACGUAGCAUUACUCGCUGCCUAAUAAUUGUUUACUUCUGGUUGGCCGCACCUACGUGCCCAACACACCGGUGUGCUUUUGUCCUGGUAUUAUACCUGUCGAUUAACAUAAUACCUACGCUCCUUGCUCUCUGAGGGGGGAGAAAGACAACACCCUCUUCUUCGCCCAUCAUGGAGUCGAUCAAUUUCGACAUCAACGAUGCCCUCAAGCAUUACAUGAGCGACCCCGCCUCCAUCGCGACUCCCGAAGCCGACGGCGCCCUUCUUGACUGUGAAUCCGACCCGGAGUCUCUGUCUAAUAUCGCCCUCAUAAACCCCGUCCUCAACCCCAUCAUAGACGCUGUCGCCGACAAUCCCGAUGCGAUAACACGCAGCGCCUACUUUGACUCGCUGCAAUUUCUUCUCAAAUACACCCAGUUUCUACCGACACAUGCCCUCAGCAAGAUAUUCGAUCUGGUCAUGAGCGGUCUCGCCGCCGAGGCUGACGCAAUCGCCCAUGAUCUUGAAACCCCGGACGAACAGGACGUACUAGCUCAUCACAAAUCGCUGCUCGAAAUCUAUGGCUUUCUCAUCCAAUGGACUAUGGCCUGCGUCGAGACCAAGGCCGCCGAGAAGUCAUCAGCUGCCCCCGUGGCACGCGCCAGAGGUAAGGGCGCCAAGUCCAAGGCUGCUGCCAGCCGACAGGGUGACGAUCAUUGGGACAGUGCCGCGCAGCUCCAGUCUGCCCUAGAUGUCAUGUCAAAAGUCAUGAAAUUGAAGCUGGGCAAGCUCUUCCUAACUACGAGCGAACGCGACACCUUUGUCGGUCUACUUACUCGCCCAGUGUAUAUGGUACUCGAAAGCGAGCAGAGAGUGAAAAGUACAGCCAUCAGGAUGCAUGCUUUUAAAGUCCUCUGUAUUGCGGUUAAGCACCACGGUCAUGGCUACGCCGCUCAGAUCUCUAUUGUCCAGAAUCUGACAUAUUUCGAGCAUCUAUCCGAACCUAUGGCGGAGUUUCUUCACAUUCUAUCAGAGCAAUACGAUUAUCCUCAACUUGCCGAAGAAAUUCUGAAGGAGAUCGGCAACAAAGAAUUCAACUCCAAUGACACGAAGGGACCUAAGUCCGUAUCGACUUUUAUUGCCAAGCUCUCUGAACUCGUUCCAAGAUUGGUGAUCAAGCAAAUGACUAUGCUUGCUAAACAGCUAGACAGCGAGUCGCACACACUGCGCAGUUCGUUGAUUGAGGUCUGCGGUAACAUGAUAGCCCAUCUUAGCAAUCAAGAGGAACGCAGUGACAACCACAAGUCUCAGUUGAAUGCCUUCUUCGAUGUGCUGGAAGAGCGGUUUCUGGAUAUCAACCCUUACUGUCGGUGCCGAGUGAUGCAAGUGUAUGUCAAAUUGUGUGAUCUACAACAAAAGUUCCCCAAACGGAGACAAAAAGCCGCUGAGCUCGCGUGUCGAAGCUUAGAAGACAAAAGUAGCCAUGUCAGAAGAAAUGCAGUCAAGCUACUGGGGACUUUGAUCAAGACUCACCCAUUCACCGUCUUGCACGGUGCGCAGCUUGCUCGGAAAGACUGGCAGGAACGUUUAGACAAGGUCGAUGCUGAGCUCAAUGCACUGCAACCACCAGCAGGUGAACCAGGCUUGGGCGAGGACAGGGCCGAUCAAACCGCACUCGUAGACGAGCCAACCCAGAUCAUGGAGUCACCACAGAAGCCUACGGAGAUGUCUGAAGAAGAGAAGGCUGCGGCUGUUCAAAAGGCACAACAAGAUGCCGCGACAUCGGAGGCAAUUGAAAAAUUGACGCUUACGAAACGCUACUACACUGAUGCUCUCAAAUUCAUCGAGGUCUUGCAUGAGGCUACGGGCGUCAUCGUUCAACUCCUCGGUUCGAAGAACAAGUCUGAAGUUAUCGAGGCGAUGGACUACUUUGAGAUUGGAAAUGCGUAUAAUAUUGAGGACAACAUGGUCGGCAUCCGACGAAUGAUGCGCCUGAUUUGGACCAAAGGCAAUAGUGAUGAAGGCAAGGGCGUGCAGACCCAUCUCAUCGAUUGUUAUAAACGCCUGUUUUUCGAAGCACCGGAUCACUUUAGUCCCAACGACGCUGCUAUAUACAUUGCAAGAAACAUGAUUAGUCUCACCUCUGGCACCACGCCUGCCGAGUUGACAAGCCUAGAACAAGUGCUUGCUACCAUGAUGAAACAAGGCAUGAUUUCCGACAGGGUCGUCACAAAACUGUGGGGUGUAUAUGGAUUUCAGAAGCGAGAGAUAUCACGAUCUCAGCGAAGAGGUGCCAUCAUUGUAUUGGGUAUGCUUGCGACCGCAUCGCCUGAGAUUGUGGUAGGAGAGAUGGAAACCAUGCUGCGAUUUGGCUUGGGAUCUCAUGGCCGAGCCGAUCUCCAGCUUGCCAAAUACACUUGUAUUGCGUUACGGAGAUUGAACCCGACGGGCCGACAGGCAAAGGACUCGUCAGUCACCUUCAGUCGACUUCCAAAUGAGCACGCUGUAUUGGCUAAACUCGCCGCUAUUACUGAAGUGCCGAGUGAGAGUAAGGAGUGGUUUGGCGUGGCUGAACAAGCUAUUAACGCUAUCUAUGCGCUCGCGAAGCAUCCUGAUAUCCUAUGUACCGAUAUCAUUCGGCGGCGAACUAAAGUUGUUUUUGCCGCUCAGCAGAAAACCCCACCAGCGUCUCGGCCGGGGUCGCGAGACGAUGCUACGAUGACGGUAACGGGUGCUCAUGGGAUGACACAAAAUUUCAAUACCAUGUCUCUUGACGCACCUACACAAACCAUCAAUCAACCUCCACCCGAACCGCUGGCUGAGCCCAAGGAAAAGGCAGCUAUUGCCUUGUCGCAACUGCUAUUCGUUGUAGGACAUGUAGCGAUUAAGCAAAUUGUGCAUCUAGAGCUCUGUGAACUAGACUUCAAGCGGAGAAAACAGGAGAAAGAAAAGGAGACAUCAAAGCCAGACGAACCUCGAGCAUCUACAGGCCGAAGGGGCAAGAGCGCUGCAGCAGCGCCGGCGCCAGAGGAAGCAGGAGAUGAGCUGGACUUGAUUGGCGGAACAACGGAAGAUGACUUCACUGAAGCCAUGGCUCAUAUUCGUGAGCGUGAGCUGCUGUUUGGUCCCCAAUCCCUUUUGUCCAACUAUGGUCCCAUGGUAGCAGAGAUCUGCUCACGGAGUGAUAUUUACAAAGACAAGAGUCUUCAGGCAGCCGCCACCUUGUGCCUUGCCAAGCUGAUGUGCGUCAGCAGUGAAUACUGCGAGGCACAUCUGCCAUUGCUCAUCACUAUCAUGGAGAGAUCGCCCAAUCCCACCGUCCGAUCUAAUGUUGUUAUCGCCCUCGGCGAUAUGGCUGUUUGCUUCAAUCAUCUCAUUGAUGAAAAUACGGACUUCUUGUACCGCCGCCUUGCUGAUAGCGAUCUCUCGGUUAAGAGAACAUGUCUCAUGACGCUCACCUUCCUCAUUCUGGCAGGUCAGGUCAAGGUCAAGGGUCAGUUAGGCGAGAUGGCAAAGUGCCUCGAAGACGAGGACAAGAGGAUCGCUGAUCUUGCCCGUAUGUUCUUCACCGAGCUCAGCACUAAGGACAAUGCCGUAUACAAUCACUUUGUCGACAUGUUCAGUCUUCUUUCGGCUGGCCAGAUGGACGAGGAGCCGUUCAAGAGAAUCAUCAAAUUCCUGCUUGGUUUUGUUGAAAAGGAUAAACAUGCCAGACAAUUGGCCGAUAAACUGGCAGCGCGUCUACCUCGAUGCGAGACAGAGCGUCAGUGGAACGAUGUCGCCUACGCCCUGGGCUUGCUGCAGCACAAAAAUGAAGAUAUCAACAAAGUGAUUAGCGAGGGUUACAAGGUAGUGCAAUCAACAGCUUAGUAACCAUGAUGUAUAUGUUUCAGUGGGAGAGGGUAACGAUGUGAACCGAGACAAUGAUACCAGGGCCAUGAGGAGUACGGCGUUUGAAUUGUACGUCAAGUUCAUUGGGGGUGUUUUGUUUUUCAAACGAGUGUAUAAGCAUUGAAUUUGUCGAUAAAACUAUCCGCUUUGUGAAUUACGAGACUUAGCCUGCUG